AUGGGUCUGUUCACUCUCACACUCGCCGGCGCCGGUUUUAUUCUGAUCGGUGCACACGAAUUUUUAAAGAACCCAAAAAAGAACCAGUCCUUACUCUACAUGGGUACUUCUUUUUUCUCAAUUCUCUUCAUUAUUGACUCUUUAAUCUCACUUUUCAGCUCAAUUAACUCAAAAGAUCCAAUUGGGUCUGCUUUACAGUUGCAAAUUCUUGCCAUUGCCGCACUUUUUUUACUCUACUCAGUUUUAUCUCUAGCCUCAGCUUUUUCAGGGUCAGUUCAUUUCCCCAACUCAAUUCUUGAAUUGGUUCUGUUAUUUGCUUUUAUAGAAGAGUUUUUGCUAUAUUAUUUGCAAAGAAAGGACACCAGUGGGAUUGAAAACAGGUACUUUGAUCUCAUUCUUGUACCCAUUUCAAUCUGUGUGGUCUCCACAGUUCUUGAGUUGAAAAGUUCAUCUGAUAAUGCAAGAAUGGCACGUGGGAUUGGGUUGGUUUUGCAAGGGACUUGGUUUGUUCAAAUGGGGAUUUCUUUUUAUAGUGAUAUGAUUGUUCAUGGCUGUGCUUUGCAUGAAAAAAGUAGAGGGGAUUAUACUGUGAAGUGUAAGGGGCAUCCUGAGUAUCAUAGGGCUAGAGGGAUUGCUACUCUUCAGUUUAAUUGUCAUCUUGCUUUGCUUGUGGUUCUUGUUAUGGUUGCUUACUCCAUUGUCGGUAAUAAGAAUGGCGAUGGCGAUGAUAGUGUGCGGUAUAGGCCUCUUGGGGCGGAGAUGCUGCAGAUGGAGAAUAACGGGCACUUCAGUUUGGAUUCCGACGAGGACGAGAUUCGAGAAGAGGAGAAUGGGAGUAAGGAGAAGUUAGCUAGAGUAGAAAAUGGUGUUAAUGGUUAUAGUUCUCAUGAAUGA